CCUUCGCUGGCCAUGGCUCCCCUGCUGGCCCUGUGCCUUGUGGCGCUGGUGGGCCUGCCUCUGGCCACAGCGCUAGACUGCCACAUCUGCGCCUACAACGGAGAGAACUGCUUCAACCCUAUGCGCUGCCCGUCCACGGUGUCCUACUGCAUGACCACGCGCACCUACUACACCCCGUACCGGAUGAAGGUGAGCAAGUCCUGCGUGCCCAAGUGCUUCGAGACGGUGUAUGACGGCUACUCCAAGCAUGCAUCCACCACCGUCUGCUGCCAGUACGACCUCUGCAAUGGUGCCGGCCUCGCCGCCCCGGCCGCCCUGGCCCUGGCCCUCCUUCUCUUGGUGACCCUCUGGGGCCUGCUCUGAUGCCUCCCACCACUCGUUUAGGGUGCAGCACGACAGCAUGCCCCGCCUACCAGACCCGCCUAUCGGACUAUGACUCCUGCAGGCCACACCACCGAGCCCCGCUUCCUACGGGUCCCGCCCACUGGACACUGAUUCCUGCAAGUCUCUCCCACUAGACCUAUCCAUUGGGCCCUUCUCCUAUAUGUCCCGCGGCAAACCCCUGCCUCCAGGCCAUGCCCACAGAUCCCUCCUCCCAAGAGCCCCUUCCACAUCCCUCAGAGGCCUUUCUAAGAAUGGGGGUCCUAUGAAUUCUCUUUGGAGGUCAGGGAAAUGUGGAGUGGACCUGCAGGCCUUGCUGUGGGUAAGGGUCCUCUCAGGAGUUCCCCCACGGCAGGGGGCUGCCUCGCUGGGGGCCUGGAGGGGUCAGCCAAGGCCGCUGUCCAGCCCUGGCCUGGAGGGGCUGGGCUGG